GGAAACACAAUUGGCAUUAAUGAGAUGGGGGAACUUCAUUGCGUUUGCACUCGUGAUACUACGGUAGCAUCCAAGGGGCGUACACACGAUGUGUUGAUAGAGGUAGCUACUUCUCGUGUAAAUCAAUUGUGUGCUGACUUCUAUUUAAUAUUUUUGGGGCGUUGGGGGAAGAAUGAAAGAGGUCUUCCACCAAAACGGACGAAAUCAUGAACGGCGCCGUAUACAUUUCGUUUUUUCAAGGUCAGCUGGAAUCUGCACUAGAGGAAGUAGUGCAAGUCGCAGUACAGGAAAUAACCAAGACUGUUGGGUCAAGCUUGACUUCUAUGUUAAUGAAAACGGCCGUCAAAGAACAAGAAAACCAACGACUUAAGUUAGAGCUUCAAUCACUGGAGUUUGAAUCUAAUGGGGUAGAAAAUGGAGCCGAAUUCAACGGUGGCAGGGAAGACAACGCCGCCACGGAUCAAACAAAGCCCGAGACACACACCCCCAGCCACAGCGCAGAGCGCGGCGUGCACGCAAACACUCUAAGACUGGAUCAAAAAUGUCGAGUAGUGGGUCAGCUCAAGAUGGUCAUGGAGCAUGUGCUGGAGUUUGCUGUGUGCGAGCUGACCAAAAUUGUGGAGGCCAGUUUCGAUGACCUGCUCCUGGAGCUGACCGGGAAGGAGCGGGAGCACAUCGCUCUGGAGGAGCAGUUGCGCCACUUGGCGCACCAGGAGAACAGGAAGGGCGGGGUGUCGAGGAGGAGUGGGUCGGAAAACACAGCAUUCCCCAGCGGCUCAGAGGACACCCGGCAGGAAUCCAGAAACGUCACAGUCAAAAUUGUGCGAGGACAAAGAGAGCAAACUGAGACAACAAACGACAGUGACAAGCAGGCUGUCCUGACCGUAGCCCAGGACUGGGUCCCCAUCCUGGACAAGGUGUUUGGGCAGAAGUGGUGCAGCGACCUGUGGCAGAUCAAAGAGCUGGCUUCAGGGAAGGGGGGUGAGGAGAGGACUGGGGGAUCUGGGCUGGGAAUUGUGGGCUCCUUCCCCAGUCUGAACGCCCUGAUCCGUGAGAACCUGGAGCCCUCCCCCACUAGCCCCCUGCAGGACCCCCAGUGGAUGCCUCUGGAGGACAUGGAGGUCCUCUCCUCGACCUUGGACACUCCACAAGGCCCUCCUGCUACCAUAAGCACCGCAGCUACAGUUGAGGAGUCCCUCAGGUCUCCGUCGAUGCUUCACCGGCUCCUCACACUCCCCGCGCAGCUCCUAGAGGAAGACGAGGAUGAGAACGCAAUGGAAACCAUCCCCCUGCCCGCCGACGCUUCCCCUGGCAGAGCAGCUGUGCGACGGCAAAACACAGAAUCGCCUAACCAGAGCUGCCCAUCUCCUCCCAAGAAAAAGGUUGCUGUUUCACUGGAGGAGGAGGAAGAGGACGAAGAGAAGGAAGACAAAGCGACGAUGACGCUGGACUCAAAGGUGAAGACCGUGCCUCUCAAAGGCAGGAAGGCUCACGAGUGUAAAGAAUGCGGCAAGAAGUUCAGCCGGGCGCCGCUCCUGAAAGCUCACCAGCAGACUCAUAUCACCACAGCAAUGGCGACGACGCCAGCGAUUUGCUGUUCAGAGUGCGGGAAACGCUUCUCCCAGGCAUCCCGGCUACAGGCGCACCUACAAACUCACACCGGGAAAAAGUCCUGAGCAGAUGGAGACGGGAAUUGGAAGAUUGAAGAAAAGAAAAAGAGAAUUGGAAUCAGUCGCUCUUCAGUCCAUAUCUCACAAAUAGCCAUAUUAGUAGCAGGAUGGUCACCGGUAUUCGAGUUCAUACAUUUGAGUUCACUUUAAGUACCUUACAAGUCGGGAAUCAGAGGCAUUUUUUUUCAUGUUGCUGAUUUGAAGGUACAGUUUUGCUGUAUGUUUCUUAAUUGUUACCACCAUUUUGAUUCCUUACAUGUGGCGACAAGGUAGAUACUUUGUAAUCAUUUGGGAUUGGAUUUGGCUGGUAGUUGUGGUUAGUAUCACAAUUUUACAUUAUGUAUAGCAUGGGACAGUGGCGCUCACAACAAGCAAUGAAGUGACCUUUUUAAGUGGUCUUUUUAGUUUCCCCAGUAUACUUUUCUACAUUUUUGGGGGGAAUAUCAAACUGGUCUCUUUGUGGUUUAUUAUUUCACAUCAAGGUUAUUUGCUAUACCAGAGGCCAUAAUCUUGGCUUUUGUGGACUGCAAUUUCAAUAAACAUUACACUGAUUUGUGAGAAUUGUAUCUUUCAGUGGCAGAGGCAUUGUCUCAAGUCGAAUGUGAAUCGCAACUCGUCUUUUUUCCGGUGCUACAAGCAGUGACUCACUUUCAAAGGGCUUAUGUGCCCAGGGUAAAGGGGGAGAGAGAUGGACUGCUGGAGUAAAUAGCAGAUGUAAUACCUUUGUUUUGCUUACCUCUGAAUGUGAAUCUCUGUACAGAUGGAAAUAACUUGGUAUUUCUCUUUACCUUCAUGCAAUUCACUAUUUACAGUCCUCACUUGGCAGUAUUUUUAUUUUUCACUCAACAUAAAUACCUCCUUAACACUCAAAUAAUAAUGUUUGAUAAAGGUAUUGUUACGUUGGUAGCCCUUUUUUUGUUUUUAUAAAGAACCACAGAUUCAGAGUCUGCAGACCUCUAGUUGAUGACUUGCACAAACUGUGAUGACAUAUCACAGUGGUCCAUCUUGGGCUUUUCUAUAUCCUGUCUGCCCUGGAAGGACCAUUCCUGACACAAGUCUAAGAAGAUAGUGAGGUAGAGAAUGGAAUCUUGCCAUUGUGCUGAUUGUGGAAGGCUUGAUUCUCAAGUGUCAUGUGAAGUAGAGCAAUACCACAUUGAUGAGAAACACUUUUUGGUUUGCUUUGUCUUGUUUGACCUCCGGAUGAGUCAAAUGGAUGUGGAGCAUCUGAUUGGACAUCGGGAAUAUUGUUUCUGCUCAUAUGGCCAUGCCUAACAGAAUACUUUGUUGGAACAUAAAAUAUUGAAGGGAUGGGCCAUUCAAAUAAGGGAUGGAUGGGGUGGGGGGUUGAGGGGCAGGGUUGUAUAGACUUUGGAGACUUACAGGUGUUUGCAGGACUGCUCUUUGCCUCCGAAAAGAUAUUUGUAGAAAGGCAAACACUGAAAACGCCCCUCCGCCAGAUUCCUUAAGUAUCGUAGCGUCUUCCCAUUUUGAUUGUGCUUUGUCUUUUGUAGAUGCGUUUGUAGUGCUGAGUGAUUAGUGCUUUUUGAGGUUCGAUUACGAAAAAAUAAUCACGGUUUUAAGUUGGAAGAAAAUAACAUUACAUGCAUUAUGUAGGUUGUUUGCUGUAACACAGAAUAAAAUAAUUAAUAAAAGUCCCAUGAUGGUAGCGACUGCCCAUUUAUCACUUAACCAUUAUUUACCAUAAUUUAUUCACAUUACUUUAAUAAAAUAUUUCAGUUGUGUGUAUAUUACUUGUUUUAUUUGAUGGCUUUAUUAUUUAAUUCCAAGUCAUCUCAAAUCUCUAUAGAGCUGCUGCCUAAGAUGUCUGACAAAAUUAAUAUUUUAGUAGUUCUAAGUAAGGUAUAAUUUUAUGACUGCUAAAAACCAACUAUCAAUCACUUAAGAUCAUGUAUUUUCAGGUAGAGAUGCCUCGCGAAGCAACUGUUCUCUAUCCCUCUUUUACGCCUGACGUAGGAGGGACAAGUAGGCACGCAAUAUAUUUUGGCCAUGGUAGUUAAUUACCACAUUUUCUGCACCUAAACAAUGUAGAAUAUUGGCCUGUUUGAAACUGCAACUCCCUGCUAUAUUGCACCGUUUAGGCUUGAUCUGAUUGAUCUGUAGAUAAACGUUGCAAUGUGCACAUUGAGCUCACAGAAAAAAAUGGAAUUCAAAUAAUUUUACCAUCGGUCAAUUUUAGCAUCUGUCAAAAUAACUGAAAUGAUGGUUAAUCGCUCUGCACAAAGCAUUAAUGUAAUAGCAAGCAAUACUGUGUACCAUUGAGAACAUGGUGAUGUUACCUAUUUGUGGCAAAGCCAGUAACCUAUUGUUGAAGAUGUACCUGUACUUCAAACAACAAUCGAGGGAAGAUAUCCUCAAAUCGGUUCUGUAAUCCACAGGAUUUUUUUGUCUUCCUCAGGGAAGGUUGUUUCUGUGGCUCUGUUUCCAAGAUCUCAGGUCACACUUCUACACCAGAGCGGGAAACCCAAGUCAACGUCCCAAUCCGUUGUAAAAAAAUAUAAAAAAGUGCCCACGGAAUUUUUCUGUUAAAGUAGUCGUACUUACGCUGUUUCGAAUUUUUCCUCUUUUUUUUCUCCAUCUUUUUGUGUUUUGGUUAAUUGUAGCCACAGAUCACAUCUUAGUUUACACUCCCUUGUGCUUUGCCUCAUGUAAGUCCUUGACAUAAGUGUAGAUUGUUUAAUUACUAUGUAUCAGGACCAUGUGUUCUAUCAGAAUCUGAGAAGACAAUGGAUUCCAAAAGAUUUGGGUCUUUUAUUCAGGUCAAACCAGCAUUAAAGUUUACAUGGGUACAAUUUAAAAAAUGGUUUAAUACACAACCUCUCAUCUUCAACUGUAACCAAUUUAAAGAAAUUGCAUGCAACGUCUUCACAUUUUCACAAGGUAAAAUAUAAGGAGAGGGAGAAUUUCCCUCCGUGUCUUCAGGGUUGUAGCCAAUGUGCAAAUUUAGGAUUUUGAAGUGUUUUUUUAAAGACUUGUCUCUCAGGCUGCGUUUACACAGGCAGCCCAAUUCUGAUCUUUUCCCCAAUUAUUGGCUAAAGCUGAACUGAUUAUUGGACAAAUAUUAUUGGCCUGCAUGUGUAAACACAGCCUAAGAUUGAAACAUUGUAGAAACCCUCAAAGGCUUUAAGUGGUAGAAAAUGUAUGUUGCUGAUUGUAUUUGCAGCCAGUGCUGCACACUUUCAAUUAAUGUAUUGUUAUUGAUUAUUAGCCUAUGCUUUGUCCUAGUAUCUAGAACUCACAUAGUGCACUUCAUUCCCACUAAAAGCGGUGUCUUGUAAAGUCACAUCACCACUCAAAACACGUUUGUGCUCCGCAGUAAGCUAACCUUGAACAGUGCUGAAUUUGUGUAUUGCUUUUUCUAUGUUAGCCAUAACCCACUCCUGUCUUUCUCCUAUCUAGCACUUCGCUUUCGCAUUCAGCUGUUUUGUCUCCUCAAUCCACCUCUUGAAACAGUUGUGACGACUGUGUUCAACAGGUAACUCAUUUAGUUGUUUUUGCUUUUGCUAAUGAAUCACCCAGCCACUUUUCUUCAAAUGCCUACUGACAUGUUUUCGUCUUUGUUAUUUUUCCGUUACUUUACAAGACCUCCGUACCUCAUGUUGAAUAUCAGAAAAGAGUAAACACAGCAAAUUGGUUAUUGGAAACAACAUUACCUCAAUAUUAUCACAAAUAUGAAUAUUUGUCUGCAUGAUAGUAGAAUAGUGUUUGACUGGCAUUAACUGGCACAACCUUAAGGAUUCCUACCAAAACAGUUCACUAUUUAGUAUAUUCUCUUGCCUUGUCACAUGGACAUACAGGUAACUGCUACAAUAAUGGAAAGACUUGAGUAAAUGAGAGAUACAAAGUAUAGUGAAAGCAGGUAAUUCACAACCCAUCAUGCUUAGGGUAAUGCCUAAUAGAACACUAUUUUGGCUACCAUGGCAAUGCCCCCAUAUGAUAACAAUGCCCCCAUCCACAGGGCAAGAAUGGUCACUGAAUAGUUUGAAGAGCAUGAAAAUAAACCAUGUGCCAUGGCUGUCUUAGGCACCAGAACUCAACCCAAUUGGACAAUUAUUUCUCAUGGAAGAAUGGUGUCUCAUCCCUUCGAUAGAGUUCCCGACACUUGUAGAAUCUAUGCCAAGGUGCAUUGAAGCUAGUUCUGGGUUGUGUUGGACCAACACCCUAUUAAGACACUAUGUUGGUGUUUCCUUUAUUUUGUCAGUUACCUGUUUGUAAGGUUGCAAACAUUGAUGGUACCACAGAAUUAAUUUUAUUUAGUUACCUGGCAAGAAAUAUAGGACAUUUAAUUCCAUACACAUUUGUCACAGAGACAACUAUUUGUUACAAUUGCACAACCGUACAAUUACAAUAUAAGAUGUGCAGAAAGAUGGCGGCCUUAUAUGUUUUAUAUUUAGUCAGAUAUAGUGUUCUAUCCGUAUGCAUGUAAUAGAGGGAUAUAGUUAUAGACUACUAAGAGCAUGCACACAGAGUUCGGUCGUCAUUAAGAAGUGCAUUCACUCGAGCAUUGCAUUAUGGUAAAGAAAUCUUGUGGGGUCUGCUUCUAGACAUGUAUUCAGGCUAUUUCCUGAAAAGUGGUUGAGUGGUUCCCUUCUAAAAGUAAUAUGAACUGAAUAAAAGCCUCCUCAUCCUCAUUUGAACCAAACGUGAAGGAGGAGGUGCAAAAUGAUUAAAGAAGGGACUUCAAAUGAAUUGUGAUGAAUUGAAAGAGGUAAUUAAAGGGAGUAGACAUAUUUUAUGUGUUUUUUGAAUUUGUGAUUUUGGUUGUAUGUUUUAUUUCUUAGAAGUAUUAGAAUGAUGUUUUUAAUCCAGGGAACGUGCAGAUUUCAAGUUGACAUCCAAAUUCUAAAAUUAUUUCAGUUAAGGAUUUUAUUUAUUUUAUGUUCCAUUUGUGACUGUUAAAUUGUUCUAGUUUUAGCUCUUUACUCAAUUCUAUUCUGAUAAGAUGUGAUCGAUUGUAGGACAUACAGAUGUAGGAUUUUAAUUUGAGUCAGUUUGCUACAGCAGGAAAAUAAUCCUGCAGCAACAGGAAAUUUGAAUUAUUAUGUGGAUUAUAAUUAAUGGACAUUUUUGCAGGGGUUGAUAUUUUUCAUGAGGGAAAAUCAAGUUGGAAAUUUCAAAGUGGAAAUUACAAAUUUCAGAAGCCUUUUUACACCUCAAAUUAUCGACAAGUUUUAAGUGUCCUGCAUUGCAAGAAAGUUAUCCUGCAACAGGGUGAUCAAAUGAAGAUCCUAUAUCUGUAUUUCUUUUAUAUAAUUUGGCACGCUGAAGCUAGGUUUUGCCAAAUUGUAAAGUAGUUUGGUUUCUGGAUUUCUUAAAAACAAAAGAGAGCACUUCUGAAAUGUCAUUCAUGCCAAGUCAACUCUGCCAAGAUAAUGUAAUUAUGUAGGCAAUGUGACAUUGUGUUAUACAUAUUUAGAAAAUAACAACUGGGUACUUAGUGUAAGAAAAAUAAAUGAAUAAAUGUUAACAAUCAA